UUCUUCUUCUCCCCUGCACCCGACAAGCCCCCCAAGCCACCGACUUUCUUCCCACUUGAGAAACCCGGUGGGAUCUUGAUGAAUUCUCUUCCUUUCUUGUUAAAUCACAAGAUUUGAGGCUUAGAAUCUUCCCUCUCAACCCAGAAAAUCCCGGAUUUGCUCUGCUCUUCUCCCCUGUCCGUCGGCUGCUAUGUGGGUUUGAAUUUCUUGGCAUUUUUCGGUCCGUGAGUUUCCCCUGCAGAUGCCGCCGGCUUCUUCUCCCUGCUAGGUCUGGUUCUUGCUGGAAAUUUCUGUGACGUGAUAAAAGGCUAGCCACUUGAGAUUUGACAUAGAUUUUAGAUACAUGUACACCACGCUCCUGCAAGUUAGAUUUUAAUUGGAAAUUUUAUGGUAUCAAAACUGAUUUUGUUCAGCAAGUUCCAAGCCUUGUGCACUUGUGGGACCCGUCUCACGAGUGCACGGCGUCUGUCGCGCCUCGGAUUCGGGUUCUGGGGUGUGACACUUCUAAUAGCCAAUAGGUCACUUUUGUUCCGCCCUUCCUUCCUCUUGUUCUUAAUUUUCCAUUAAGAAUCUUAUUUUGCUCCAACUUAGGUUUUAAUUGUGGGGAAGUUGCAAAUUUUGGAACUCCAUGAUGGCUUUCAAUAGCUAAAGAAGCUGUGGUACGGAGAGUUGCUAUGAACCAUCUUCCUAUGCUUUCUCAUUAGCAGCUGCUGUAUGUGUUGACCAUGUCUUUUGUUUCAAGGUUAGUUGUUGGUAUAUUGAUGGAAAAUAAAGAAUAUGUGUUUAG